AUGUUUCGUCGAUCGACAGACGAGACGAGGAUUGAGAGCCGCUCGCAAGCGCAGUACGCUUAUGCUGCUGAAUGGGUGGGCAGAGUUGGGGGCGUCCAGUCUCAGUCGGCUAGGGGCGUGACGUCAAGAGAGGACCGAGGCCUUGGAGUCAGUCAAUGUGCGAGGGAGACUACACUCCAGAGAGAGUGCCCGAUGACUUGGGAUGGACGGCGGUGCCACCGUAUGCCACCGAAGUCUUGCCGUCCGGGGCCCGGGGUCUCCAGGUUGAAGGAAUCGGCCCGUUCCCCAUCUUUUUCUGGUGUCAGGCAGAGAGAAGAGACUUCAGAGACGAGAAGGAAGCCGAGGGGACGAAGAUGCAGAUUUGGCGGAUGUCAUUGGGUGUGUGGGCGCGAACUACGGAGGCCUGGUCCAAUACUUCUGUGUAGUGUCAGUGUACACCAGAUUACCAAUGCAGCUCUGGGGAUGAGAAUCAUGGGAUUCUUGGGAAUUGUGGAAACAGACCAGGCAGAAAAAACUUACAGCGUUGGCCGGGGAUGA